CGGGAGUGAGAGCCGGUUUAAAAGACGGGGGGGACCCUUCAGUCCUUUGCUUGUGACUCCAUAACAGAGCAGCCGGGAAGGGAUCGCGCCACACUGACUUACUGCCAGUCAAACUUACCAACACAGCCUUCUACUCUGUAGACCAGGUCACCUCGUGCCACGGUUCUUCUCCCAGAAUCAUAGCGCAACUUUUAUCUACUCGCAGCCAUGUUUGAGACCAGAAGUGAUGACUUGUUCCUGCCUUCCUACCAAGAUGAGGCGCUUGUGGACCAGCUGCUGUCCAAUGAGGAGUCGGAUGGAAAUUGUGUCGACGGGCUCUCGCUGACUGGGGCCCUGCUCCCCGUUGUAGAGCCCUCCUCCCCAUCCCUCCUCCUCCCCAUGGUCUGCUCCACCCGCUACAAGACCGAGCUGUGCACCACCUACUCCACCACUGGUUUCUGCAAGUACGCGCAGCGCUGCCAGUUCGCCCACGGCCUGCAGGAGCUCCACGUUCCCUUCCGCCACCCGAAAUACAAGACUGAGUUGUGCCGCGGCUUCCACAUGACCGGUUACUGCUACUACGGCAGCCGCUGCCUGUUUGUCCACAACGCCACAGAGCAGCGCCCCGCCCUUCGCCGCAGCAGGAACGUCCCCUGUCGCACCUUCCGCUCCUUCGGCGUCUGUCCCUUCGGCACCCGCUGCAACUUCCUGCAUGUGGAGGGCGGCCAGGUUGGCAGCGGUUCGGAGUCGCCAGAUGUUGCGGACGAGGGGCUAGUUUCCAGUCCCCGGCUCCAACAGUCGACCAAGGAGUGGAAGCCCCGCGGAGCUCUGUGCCGCACUUUCAGCUCUUUCGGGUUCUGCCUGUACGGCACGCGCUGCCGCUUCCAACACGGCCUCCCCAACAAGAUUCGACCCUCCGACGCGUCUCCCAGCAGCUCCGGUCUACCUUCCCCCACCUCCCUCUUCACCUCCUCCUCUCCAAUGUCCUCCACCUCUUCUUCUCCUCAAUCAGCCUCUCCUCUCGUCACACCAUCUGCAGAAGCCACCGCCCACAAUGCCUUCACCUUUUCCAGCCAGCACCUCAGUGACCUGCUGCUGCCACUGGCCAUCCACCUGCAGCAGCUGGAGAGCAGUAAGGGUCAGGAGAUCUGGGCCAACCGGGCGAUCUAACAUGCAUGCAUGUGUUUUAGAAGCGGUCAUUUGCACUGAACACCCGCUCAAUUCAAGCUGCUGUUUUUUUUAAAAUUUGUUUUAUGACUUUUUUUUAAACUCUCCCUUUCUGGGCAAAUGUAUUUAUUUUUUCUUAAGUUGAGGUUGUUUGACUUCAGCGCUUGUGUCAGGAAGUCGAGCAAGACUUUCUGUUAGCAGAUCACGCAGCCUAGUUUUGCAUUUGAGGUCACUUGUCUCUGGAAUCACUACAGUUGCUAACAUGAAUAUGAUGCAAUUUUUUAACUAUUGUAAAUACUUUAUUAAUGACUGAGUAAAUGAAAUGUGACCU